GAACGCUUUCUUAUUUUGCCACAUCUAUUAUCAGGCUUUGGCGUUGAGCAUUUUGAGGUAUUCGUUGCCGUUUCUUGUUUUCUAGGAAUCAGCCAUGUCGGACGUCUUGGGAAACUCCCCAGUCUCGUCCAGGGACAAUAAUGUUGUCGUGGUAUUCUCGAAGGGGGUAUCGGCCCUUCUGAUGUUUAUCGCGACAUGCUGUUUUUGGAACCUCUACUCCUACUUCACUUCGCCGUUGAGAAAAUAUCCCGGACCGUUCUUUGCAAGAUGGACCAGGCUAUGGUAUCUUUACCAGUCCUGGACAGGUGACUCGCACCUUGAGCUAUAUAGGCUUCACCAGAAGCAUGGGCCGAUUGUUCGCACUGGGCCUAACAUGAUCGAUGUUGACUUACCGGAGUUAAUGUGUACCAUAUUCCACAUUAGGAACGGCUGGCCGAAGACCGAGUUCUAUCACGGCAGCAGCGCCCUCAUGGACGAUGGCCAGAUUGUCUACAAUCUCUUCAGCCAGACCGACCCAAAGAAGCAUAAGAAGGAAAAAGGGCCGAUCGCCAAGCAUUACUCCACAGCCAGCAUUGCCGACCUCGAACCACACAUGAACACGAUGAUCGAGAUGCUGUGCAGCCAGCUAGAGACUCGAUGCUUGGGGGGUGCGGAAGCGCCCAAUGAGUUCGACCUUAGCGACUGGAUUUUAUACUACGCCUGGGACGUUAUCGGUGCCGUCACGUUCUCUGAGCCUAUCGGCUACCUCGCGAAGGGCUGCGACUUCGACGGCACUCUUCGAAACGCCAAGAAGGCAAUGGACUACUUUGUCGUCGUCGGCGCAAUGCCCUUCCUCGACUACUUCUUUGACAAGAACCCCUUCUUGCGUAUGGGCCCGCCCGGGUUCAACACCAUCACCGACAUUUGCGUCCAGCGCCUCAAUUAUCGCCUCAAUGAUUGGUCUGGGGGCAAAGACAGCGGCUAUCACGACCCGAAGACGCCCGACUUCCUAGACCAUUUCAUUAAGGCCAUGGAACUCAACCCGGACAGGGUCACCGAACAGCAAAUCAUCUCGUGGCUAAUGAUCAACAUGAUCGCCGGCGCCGACACGACCGCCAGCACUAUUUGCAGCGCAUUCUACCACUCCCUCAAGAAUCCCAGCGUCUGGGAGAAGCUGACGGCCGAGAUACUGGCGCACAACCUCCAUACGCCCGCUACUUACAAGGAUGCCCGCGCCCUACCGUACGUCGAUGCCGUCAUCCGCGAGGCCAUCCGUGUCCUCCCUGGCGUCUCCAUGCCGCUGAAGCGUUACGUCCCUCGAGGCGGUGUCAAUCUCCGCAACGGCGACUACAUUCCCGGGGGGGUAGUCAUCGGCAUGAAUCCUUAUAUCACUAACCGCAAUCCGACUAUCUACGGCGAAGAUCCGGAUAAGUUCCGCCCGGAGCGCUGGUUGCGUGACGAGAAAGGCGAUGAGACCGAGGAGGCGUUUCAAAGUCGCCUGAAGGAUAUGAACAAGCACAAUCUGUCGUUUGGAGGCGGAAGCCGUGUCUGCAUUGGGAAGGACAUGGCUCUGUUCCAGGUGUAUAAGGUUUUAGUUACGCUUAUCACGCGCUUUAAGAUUGAGUUAGUUGAUCCUAAGCAGUGGAGAGUCACUAACAGCUGGUUCAUUCGUCAGGAGGGCCUUAAGGUUAGGAUGAUGAAGAGGCAACCAUGAAGGUGUUAAAAGGGUAUUCGUUAUUUUAUUGAUAAGAUGUAUGUACAUAUCAAUUGGCAGGUCAAUCUGUUUCCAUAUUCCCGGGUUAUAAAGAUAGUGAGAAUGUAAUUAUCAAAUGCCUGCUCA